ACACCUACAAAACAAACAGAGGAGAGCACCUGAGGUGUUUCUACUGCAGCUCCAUGCAUUUAUUAUCACCAUGAUAUACAUCGAUCUAUAGCAACAGGAGCUGCUUCGCUGGGUCCAUUGAUAAAAACCCGCCCACACCGACACCUGGACCAAUGGGCGGAUCUUAAACUCACACUUGUGUUCGGGCAGAGGACCUGAGUCCGUCCACAGGAGGAGCUGCGUUAGGUUUGAAACUUUUCACAGCUCUUGCGUGUUUUGAACCGGUGGACAUGGACAGACCCAGUCUCCGGAGGCUGUUUUCCGCCUGCGAUGUGAACAAGACCGGCAAGAUCGAGCUCGGGGACUUCGCGGUGGUUUGCCGGGAGCUCAACGUGCCCGAAGCCGAGAUCAAGACUCUGUUCGACCGGUUCGACGCGGACGAGGACGGAUACAUCGACUACAGCAAGUUCUCCUCCAGGUUCCAGGAGGUGUCCGAGGCGCUGGACGGGGCCUCCUGCAGCGGCGGGGCCGGGUCGAGCCUCAGCCCGGGGUGUUCGUGGGAAGAGUUCGUGGGUCGGGUGGACUCGGAGAACCUCCUGUCUGAAAGUCUCAGGGAGCAGCUGGCUGAUCUUUACCAGGCCAUUCAUUCCUGUGCAAACACGGCCCUGCUUCAGGAGUACGAAAAAACCGUCCACGCUCUGAUCACCCAAAGUCUGGACAACAGACAGGAGUGUGAACUGCUGGAGACCAGUUUGAAGCGAGCUGAGGAGAUGAACAGCAGUCAGCUGGAGGAACUGGAGGACGACAUCCAGCUACAGCUUGUCAGAACGGAGGAGAGGGUGAGAGAAGAGGAGCGCAAGAAAAUGGAAAGAGUCAUGGCUACCAUGCAGAGGAAGUAUAAGAAUGAGGUCGCAGACCUGCACGCAACCGUGGACGGUCUGUUAAAGCGCCAGGAGGACUCUGACUUCAACCAGUCAAGGGACGAGGUGGUGAAGCUGAACAGAGAAAUGAGUAACCUCUCACAGGAAAACGAGCAGCUGCGGACGUCUCUGCUCCAAGCCCAGACCAACAUCGCCGUGCUGCACUCGGAGCUGGACAAGCUGAAGAACAUGUACGCAGAUCAGAAAGAUCAAUACGAUAGAGAAAAAGAGGAUUUGAAGAUGAUGGUCAUGGAAUACCAGUCGUACUCCAGUCAGAUUCAGAUCCUCCAAGAAAUGAACAAAAACCUGUACGACAGUAAUGAUGGGCUUCGAUCCUCGUUGGCCAGUGAAGUGGUCGCAGCUAAAAGGAGGCUGUCUCCCCGAAACGAAAUCCCAGCCCGAAAGAUGAAACCGCUCCGACAGAGCACACUCAGGCACAGCAGUUCGCAGCCAGAUCCCAGUAAAACGAUUUACUCUCAUGUGGCCUCCUGGGCUGAUAAGUACCUGGACAGCGGAGUCUCGCUGCCGAUGGACACGGCCGAGAGCUCCGGCAGUGAUUAUGACAGCGACGAGAGCCGGGGCUCGGUGGAAACGGUGCAUCACAGUUACUCAUGUGUUCCGUCUGACGUGGAGAUCUCAGCAGUCAAAUCUGACGCUGCAAUGUCAGUGACUCCCAGCAGGGCGAGCUCCAUCGCGUCGUCACUACGAAGACGCUUGUCUGCGUUUUCCACGAAGCCAUUAGAAGCCAACAUAGAAGAAACUGAGGCGCCCACUCCGAUGUACCGUCUGGUUUUAGCCGGAGAUGCCGGAGCAGGAAAGUCCAGCUUCAUGCUGAGACUGACGCUCAACGAGUUCAGAGGAGACAUGCAGACGACGCUGGGAGUUGAUUUCCAGAUAAAGAGGAUGUUAGUGGACGGAGAGAAGACGAGUCUGCAGAUCUGGGACACAGCUGGGCAGGAGAGGUUCCGCAGUAUCGCCAGAUCUUAUUUCCGUAAAGCUCACGGCGUCCUGCUGCUCUAUGAUGUGACUUCAGAAAGCAGCUUCCUUAACAUCCGAGCGUGGGUGGAUGAGAUUCAGGAUUUGACGGAGGAGAAAAUCCCCAUGUGUGUUAUUGGAAACAAGGUGGACCUCCGAGAGCAGCUCGCUGAGGGGAAAUGUGUGAGCAGUUUACAUGGAGAGAAGUUGGCCAAGGCAUAUGGCGCCUUGUUCUGCGAAACCAGCGCCAAAGAGGGAACCAAUGUCGUCGAGGCGGUGCUUCAUCUCGCGAGAGAAGUCAAGAAAAAUUUCAAACUGAGACGCGAGUCGGGUUCACAGGUCAAACUGAGUCAAUCCAACCCGAAGAAGACUCUGAACAACUGCUGUGGACUGUAGAUGUUUCAUAUUGGAAUAUACCACGGAGCAAGUUUUUAAUUUUUGUUAAUGUUUUAACCUUAAAAAUAUUUCAAACUCAAGUCUUAGAUUUAUUUUCAUUAAUUCAAAUUCACUAAUCGGGAUGAAGGUUUCUGCACAUGUACAGAUAAACGCACGUAUGGUAAUCAUG